AUGCCAGAAGACAAAAAUUUAGUACAGUGUUACAAUCGAGGAUGUGGUCAACUUUUUGAUCCGAAAAAUAACGAUAAAGAUGUAUGUUGCCAUCACCCUGGUGCUCCAGUUUUUCACGAUGCUUACAAAGGAUGGUCCUGUUGCAACAAGAAAAGUGUUGACUUCACAGAGUUUCUCAACAUCAAAGGCUGCACAUUAUCUAAACAUUCAAAUGUGAAACCUCCAGAACCUGAGAAGAAUAGUUUAGAUAAAGAACUAGAAAAAAAAGAAGUUAUUGAAGUAAGAGCCCCAAUAGUUGGACCCAAGUUGGACAGACCUCCGUUUGAAACACAAUUAGUUACUUUAGAACCCCGAAUAGCAGAUACCCUUAAGGAAGCAGUUCAUAAAGCUAAGGAGAAUGUGGCUGCAUCAAAUGAUGGAACAAUAGCUAUUGGCACUGCAUGUAAGAAUGGAGGCUGUAACAUGUCUUAUGAAGGGCCUCACAGUGACAACACCAUAUGUACAUACCAUCCCGGCUGCCCUGUUUUUCACGAGGGACUGAAGUUCUGGACCUGCUGCCAGAAAAGGACAACGGACUUUAACACAUUUUUAAACCAACCAGGAUGCACUACUGGCACUCAUAAAUGGUUAAAAGAGAGUGCUCCAGCAGGAACAGUGAAAUGUCGUUGGGACUGGCAUCAAACUCCGGAAUAUGUUAUUGUCAGUGUGUAUGCCAAGAAGUAUGAUCCAUUCACAAGUUAUGUAAAACUGAACCCUAUUCGCUUAAACACAAAGUUAGUUUUUCAACAAGAAGGAAAUGCUGUGUUCGAACUGGAUCUAGAAUUACGAGGAGUAGUGGAUGUGAGUAAAAGUACUGUAUCAAUGUUGGGUACAAAGGUCGAGAUCAAAUUAAAGAAAGCAGAGCCAGGUGCCUGGGCUAAGUUGGAUUUUCCAAGGAAGGAGUCCAAAGAAGAAAUUCAGAAGCCAGUAGUUCAAACGGUUGAGGAAGAUGAUUCAGUUGAUCUAUCUAUGGUCGAAUCCAUUCAGAGUAUAGGAAAUGUUAACGUAACAGAUUCAUAA